GUAAUUUCAAGUCGUUUGACGCGUCGCCCACUUCCACUUCACAUGCAUCCAUUGGAUGGUCCCGGUCAUUUCUAAAUAUCGAGCUUGAACUUCAGCCUCACAACCUCAGGCAACCCUUGCAUUUUUUUUGCAAUCAACUGCUUAUACCUAGCAACCUUGGAGAUACACUUCAUCCUGUCUCUCACAAUGCCACCAAAACAGUCAACGUCUGGUCCAGCAACUCGCGGCGGCCGCGGCAGGCCUUCCGGCUCCCGAGGCGGUGCAGCUGCAGCCUCCUCCAAAAACAAAACUACUUCCACUAGUACUGCUUCAGCAAGUGCCACGGCACGCGCUAAAGGUGCUGUCUCUCAACGCAGGGAAGCUCGGCGGGAAGUGGAGGAUGGAGAUGAGAUGGAGAUAGACGUCGACGCCCGGGCCGAGCGUGAGGUACAAGUACAGGAGAUUGGCGACGACGAUGAGGAAGAGGGGGAGGAUGAUCGGGAACGGAUCCCGCCUGAGCUGUUGACAAGGAUUCUGUAUGAGUUCUUUGAGCGGGAGGGCACGAGGAUCACCAAGGAUGCGAAUUCCGCUGUGGCGAGGUAUGUGGAUGUGUUUGUCAGGGAGGCGAUUGCUAGGGCUGCGGUCGAGAGGGAGGGAGGGUUCCUUGAGGUUGAGGAUCUGGAGAAGAUUGCGCCGCAGUUGUUGAUGGACUUGUGAAGCGGUACAAUACAUCCAGCAGGUCUGUCCCGGGGCGUGAUUCGCU